AUGCCGCGGCUCCCCGAUCCGGUUGCGGUACCUGGAUGCCUUCCGAUACAUUGGAAGGACCUUCCGGACAUGGUGAAAGACCGGACGACCGAAGGUUACAGGUCGCUGCUGCAACAACUGAAACGGUACGAGAAGGCCGAGGGGAUUCUGGUGAACAGCUUCCAGGAGAUGGAGCCGGAGGCGGCGAUGGUGCUGAAGGAGAAAAAGCCCGGCCGACCGCCCGUCCACCUAGUUGGGCCACUAGUGCAAACUGGGCGGCCGAGCUCGAGCCCGGAAGAGUCGCUGUGUUUGAAGUGGUUGGACGAACAACCAGAUGCCUCCGUGCUGUACAUUUGCUUGGGUAGCCUCGGAGUGCUGAGCCGUGAUCAGGUGAAGGAGAUGGCUCUGGGGUUGGAGACGAGAGGCCAUAGGUUCCUUUGGGUGGUCAGAAGACCGGCAGACAACGGCAUCGUCGGAGGCAGCGAAGACGACCCUGCGAGCUACUUGCCUCAUGGGUUUCUCGAGAGGACGACGGAGUCGGGGCUGGUGGUGUCAUUCUGGACGCCGCAGAUCCAGAUCCUGAGCCACCGGGCAGUGGGAGGCUUCGUUACGCACUGCGGGUGGAGCUCGACGUUGGAGAGCGUCGUGCAUGGCGUGCCCAUGAUCGCGUGGCCGCUGUACGCGGAGCAGAGGAUGAACGAGCUGAUGCUGGCGGAGGGGCGGAAGGUGGCGUCGAGGGCCAAGGAAGACAAUGACGGUGUCGUCCGCAGGGAGCAGAUCUCUGCGGCGGUGAGGGAGUUGAUGGAGCGGGAGGGAGGCCGGGUGGUGCUGGCAAGGGUGCGACAACUCCAGGAGGCCGCCGCCGCAAAGGCCAUGGUCAAGGAAGCAGCUUCCCGCAAUGCCCUCCACGAGGUGGUCGCCAAAUGGAAGAACACGUUCUGA